AUGACUUUGCCAUCACCCAAAAAUCCAAGCCCUGAUAAUACACCCAAAUUGCAAGACACGGUGACUCCCAGCAACCACGGAACUCCUCCCCCAACACCUCCUCCCCAGCCAGCUCCCGAUGUGUCUAGCGGUCAACCUGCUGAAUCAACACUCAAGGACAUUCAGCAUUUCUCGGACAAACAGCACCAACAUUCUGAAAUUCCAGCCGGCGAUCAAGGUCAAACCAACACGCCAGCUGACCAACUUCUGGAUCCUUCCUCAUCCACAUCCACCAUCUCAAACACCUGGCGUCCCAUCUGCCUCCACGAGCUCUCUCCCACACGGAAAUCAACCACCACAAACUCCUUCUGA